GAGAGCUAUGUCAGGUAUGGAUGGAAAAUUUACCUUAAAAAUUGUCAAUAAAACAACCCGAAAAAUCCAUCGGGGGUUGAGAGUCUGAGACUCGAUUCCUAAUCUCCUCCUUCCCUCUUUCCCGCCGAUCACUCCUCCUCUCCUCAUCUCAUUCCUCAUCUACUCCUUCCCUCUUCCCUGCCGAUCACCGGUGGACUCGUUCUCUCCUUCUCUCCUUUUCAUCUCAGAGCAGAUCUGUUCUCUCCUCCUCCUCUUCUCCUUGACGAUAACUUUCGAAACCAACGGUAUCACAUGAUCAAAGACUCUAUCUCCUUGGCACACGUUAUUCAAACCUGCGCACGAACCAGGCAACUGACCAAAGUUUAUCAACGAUAUAGAUGAUGUAUGCACAAAUCGGAUCAGCGAUUUACCAGAAUAUCACAAGGACACUAGAAAGAGCGAAAGACCGAGAUGGAUUUUGUUGAUCAGAUUGUGCAGAUUGUACAAAUUGAAGGGUGCUUUCAACCGGAUGGAUAACAUAGUUUGGAUCAACUACAAGUUCGCUCGAAUCAGCAAACUUGCCACUAUUAUAAUCUACUGUAAUCAUAUAGCAGCUUGCAUAUUCUAUUACCUCGCAACCACUAUUCCUCCCUGCAAUGAGAGAGACACCUGGAUUGGAAAUGUAACCCUGGGUCAGCUCAAUUUCACAAAUUUCAGAGAGAAACCUUUCGUAAAUCGGUACUGUGUAUCAGCAUAUUGGUCAAUUACGACCAUGACGACAGUGGGUUAUGGUGAUGUACUUCCAGCCAAUUACAGGGAAAUGAUAUUUGCAAUGCUGUUUCAACUUUUUAUCAUGAUUCUAAGUGCUUAUCUCAUUGUCCACCUAAGCUCAGUACUCAUGUAAAGGUCAAAGACAGAGAUUUUUAGAGGCAAAAUGUUAGAAGUGAUAGACUGCUUUAAAAGAAAUGAUGACACCAGGGAGACCAAGACCAUAGAUCAGAUUAAGGGCGAGUUGAUGAAGUAUGGGAGAAGUUACACUGAUGCAGCUCUUCUUCAAGAUAUCCCUAUUUCUUUGCGGGACAAGGCUUAUGACACCUUCAUUGAAGCACCUCCUAUGAGUACUUCUGGGUCUUCUCCAGUGGAUGCCUUUACCUCUUUUCCUGGCAUUUUAGACACUCUUCCCACUAAGGGUCAAAUUUCCUUGGUUCCCAAGGACAUCAAUCUUCCAAAUUUGCCAAAGUGGAGCUAUGUGAAACAGGGCAAGGAGGUCUCCAUCACCAGGCCGUGUGAGCUCAUCAAAGAGAACUCACGUGGGUACGAUUAUGUACCUGCCUGCAAUUAUGAAGAAUUGGUGCAGAUGGUCGCCAAAUUGAAGAGUAUCAGAUCGGAGGGCGAUGCGAGUGCUAGUUCUCUGCCUGAUGUUUCUCCACCAAUCACAGCAGUCACGUCAGCCACUGGAGAACCAGUGUUCCAAGGGACCAAUGCCCCACCCUCUUCGGAGAUUGUGGAGGAGGGACAUACAGAGGAUCUACCAGCCCGCAAAACUGCUACUAGUGCUAGCUAGCUCUUGGUCAGCAGUACUUAUUUGUGCGCCAUGGUAUCUCCCUUGGUGUUGACUACCUUGCAACCUUGUCCACUCUAUAUAGAGAUUGUAAGAUAUUACUUGGUUUUGUUUAGACUUGUAGUGCUUCUAUUUUGUUGUUCUUUCUGUACCCAAAUGACUCAAGAACUAAUAGAACUUGUGUGGGUGUCAUAGUCUUUUUAGGAUGGAUUUGAUGUUUGAAAAAGAGUAAGAUAUGAGUAAGAGUAUAGAAUCUACAUUCGCAAAUACUUUAUUAUGUGAA